GUCUAAUAUUAUAAGGACCCUCGUUUUAUUUCAAGGGGCUCGAGGAUUAUGUAGAAGGUCCUUACUAAACUGAAGAGGGCAAUUCUUACUCCGAAAGGGAUCGUUGAAUAUGAUGACCAUUGAAAGGCGUAUUCGUGAUGUUAGAGACAGGUUGUUGUUGAAUAUGAUGAACAAUGAAUGACGUAUUGAAAUAGAUAAGGGCAAACCGAAUACGAGAUACAUUGAGUUUGCAAUUUAUCUCUCGAGUUGGUGCACACCCAUGGUGUGCGUUUGGUAAGCUGACUUAAAAUGUUCCGGGCAGACCCUUCACGAAUAUCAAGGCCAAACAUCCGAACUUAGGAGCGAUAGAAACGGAAGUCGGUUAUGACACUAGAUAUAGUUCAAGAGAAAGAAUAUACAUUCAAUCGAGUUCCACGUCUUCAUCAUCUCAGCCGUUCGUGAAUAAAAAAAAGUCUGAUUAUCAUAUAAGACAAGUCUAUUAACAAAACAACUAAAGAUUUCAACGUAUUUAUUACUGAUAUUGAGAAAUGGAAACAGAUUUAAUCGAGCUCAACGGUCGUAUCUGCUCAACCAAUAAGAGCUGGCUCAAAAUCCUAAAAGCACAAUAGUUAGCAACAAAUUAAUUAACAUAAAAAUGAAUUUUCCAGGUUUAAAAUUCAAAAUGAGUUUUCUGUUAUAUAAAUAUGGGAGAAAUUUCAGAUUUAGUGCAAGUGAAAGCCACAUCUGCAGCUCCCCUGUUCCCAAAUAGCAAAUAGCCAUCCGUUCUCCGGCGUUCUCUCUGGUAGUUUCAGUUUCAGCUUUGUCACCACAUACAGAAGAAAAAAAUGGGAACGGCGAAACAAAAGCGAUAGUUGCCUGCAGAGAAACCAAAAAAAAAAGAAAACCCCUUUCCUUCUUUCUCCAUUGUCACUCUAUUCCCACCUGCUAACCCUUUUCAUUUCACACACCCCCAGCUCUGCUUCUUCGCCAUUUUCGGUUGCCCUGUCUCAGCCAUGGACCGCCACCAGCGGUUUCCUCCGCCCACCGCCGCCGCCGAUGCGAAUGCUUCUGCUGCAACCGCCGCCGCCGCCUCCGGUUCGUCCGGCAGAGGAAGCAUUGCCGAGAGGAGGGCUGCCACAUGCGGCUUCAAAGCCGAGAGGAUCAAUUCUCCCCGCUUCCGCACCACCGCCAGUCCCUUGGAUUCCCCUGCCGCCCACUCUCCUUGCAUUACCAUUCCCGCCGGUAUUAGCCCCACCGCCCUUCUUGAUUCCCCAGUUUUGCUCCCAAAUUCGCAGCCUUCUCCAACAACUGGAAGUUUUCCAACAACCCUUCUCACUUAUGAAAGUGGGACACUCAAUGGCGAUAUGGACCUAGUUGGUAGUGGUGAAUCCUCUUUCAGACUCAAACAUCAUGGAGAUCAUGACUCCCAACAAAGAUUGUCAAAUAUGAAUAACCAGGGAUAUAAUGUUGGCUCACAGGCUCUUGCUUUAGCAUCAAUGGAUUAUGAAUUUCCUGCAGAGUUUUCAAAGGAGGCAACUGUAAAUAGCUGUAGUGGAGAUAUAGUCAAUGAUACGAAACCAGUAAAUAGUAUGGUUCUAUCCAACUUCAUUGAUGCACAGAUUUGUCACUCCGUUGCAUCUAGAAACCAAACAUCCAUACAAAGGAGACCUUUAAAUGGUAAAGGUGAUGUUAUCCACCACCCUAUGGAAGACCAGAAAAGCAUGUUCACCGGGACAGGAGGAGGUGGGAGAACAUCGGAAGAUGGAUACAGUUGGAGAAAGUAUGGACAGAAGCAAGUGAAAGGUAGUGAAUAUCCAAGAAGCUACUACAAGUGCACCAACCCGAGUUGUCAGGUGAAGAAAAAGAUAGAGCGGUCACUUGAUGGCCAAAUAACUGAGAUAAUCUACAAAAAUGCUCAUAAUCAUCCCAAACCUAAUCAAGUCCGCCGGGGAGGGCAGCUUGAAUCAUCCCCCACCGCUGAUGACAUGCCAGCGAUUGAUGAAGGCAAUGGGCGAAACUGUGUUAAGAUUGAAAGAGGAUCUCUCCUUGUAAAUAAUGCAGAAUUAGGUAAAAAAGAUAAUAGUGAACCCGAUAAUGAAUGGAGGGCGGCUGGUGGUCUGGAAAGAACAUCUUCUACAUCUGUUGUGACUGAGCUUUCUGAUCUUCUAUCAACAAACCAAGGGAAAUCUGUGGUGACAUUUGAAUCUGUUGAAACACCAGAGCUUUCUUCUGCAGUUGCCAGUCAUGAGGAAGAUGAUGAUGAUGGGAUAACUCAGGGAAGCAUAUCAGUCAGUGAGGAAGAGUCUGAUUCCAAAAGGAGAAAGAUAGAGAGCUGCUUGGGUGAGUCAAAUAUGACAUCCAGGGCUGUCAGAGAGCCAAGAGUUGUCGUCCAAAUCGAGAGUGAGGUAGACAUCCUGGAUGAUGGAUAUCGCUGGAGGAAGUAUGGUCAAAAAGUUGUCAAAGGCAAUCCAAACCCCAGGAGUUACUACAAAUGCACAAGCCUCGGGUGUUCAGUGAGGAAGCAUGUGGAGAGGGCUUCCCACAAUCUGAAAUACAUUAUCACCACAUACGAAGGCAAGCACAAUCACGAGGUGCCGGCAGCAAGAAACAGCAGUAGUUCAAACUCAAAUGGCAACUGUUUGUCCCAAGCUUCUGGCAACGCACAACCUGGAUUGACGCUACCUAGAGGUGGAGCCUCAGGUCCGAAACAAGAAACGCAGAUGCAUGAUUUUGUGCCUGGUUUUGGUCGAAGAUCGCUGUUUAAUAACAACAGUGAUUACCUGAGAGGUGGUUUCUCCGGGAACUUCGUUAGUGAGAUGAAGCUGGAGGGACCCCCAAUGUAUCCAAUGAAGUUCCCCACCAUCCAGAGCAGUAUCCCUCAUGGCUCCUACAGUUUCAACUCCGCACGGACACCGAUGCAUCACCCGGAUUCCAUGGGGUCAUUUGUUCCGCAGUUCCCAUUGUCACUGUCCUCGAGUCUGCACACAUUGGGUGGUGUUGACUUGUCAAAUCAUGUGCCACAAGGUAUGCCUCAAGUUAUUCAGCCUUUCAUCUCAGGUCAGCAGAUGAUCAGGCCUAAACAAGAGCUGAAGGAUGAUAAUUUGUAUGAUGUUGGCGCCGCCACCUCCUCCAUAGUUAGUCAAGUAAAUGCAUCUCAACCCCAGGUCUAUCAACGCAUUAUGGGGAAUUUUCCAUCUUAGACGAUGAUGUGCUAUGCAUCUAAGCUUAGGUUAGGAGUAGGAGAAAGAGAAAGUAAAAAAGAAAGGGUAAAGAUAAGAAAGAAUAGAGAGAACAGGGAGUCUCUUCCGUUUUGCACUGCGAAAUCGCAGUAGGUUUUUGUUUGUGACUUGGGUUUUCGUAUCUUGGGUACCUGUAGAAAGGUAGGUUUUAAGAAUUUAUAGAAGAAAGAAAAUAGAGGCAAGAGAGGAUAAAGAAGAAGAAGAAAGAAUGAUAGGUAGC